GUCAAGCUGACACAUAACUGCCUCCCAUAGCACGCAGUGCUCACUGUGCUCUAGGAUCCUACUCAGAAGGGUUUGGGCCUUGGCUAUCUGAAUGAGAAGAAAAACGUGAUCCUUACAAUCUGGUGUUCAGGAGAAGAAUAUGAAUAUGACACGAUUCAUCUCUUCUGAAUAAAUGAAGAAAGUGACUAUGAAAGCACAGCAUCUACCUUAUGUUUCCAUCAAUGAGGAGAAGUUCAUAACCAGAGAGCAGCUCAGUUCUCUUCUGAAGACUUAUAACUCUUACUAUUCCGAUCAAGAAAACCUGCAACUGUCACAUAAUCAGCAAGAAGGAAGCAAAACAUUUAUUGAAGGAAUCUUGUCAAUAUUCUGGGGAGUCCGACACCCGAUCCGGUUAAAAAUUCAGGAUGAGAAGCAGAUACCCUCUUUUGUCACCCUGAAGACAACAGAGAAUGUGGGUUUGUUCCCUAAUAAAAGGGGAAUGACACGCUGGGGAGAGUUUGAUGACCUACAUCAUAUUAGCGGGGACACAUUGAAAUCUACUGAAGAAAAGCCAAACCUUGAGAAAAGUUAUUCAUGUUACGAAAGCCGCACUCUGAAGACCGCGAGCGAGCAGGAACAUGACUGUGCUACCCUGCCCAGGGCUGUCAGCAAUGCUGCAGCUGUGCGGAAGAGGACCAAGUUCCCCAUGGGAGCGAGGACAGAAGUAGAAACUCACAGGGUUUCAAUUAAUGGCCACUUCUACAACUACGAGACAUCAGUUUUUACUCCAGCUUUUGGAUCAGAAACCAAAAUAAGAAUAAACAGCCAGAUGAGAACAAGAGAAGUAAUAGAACAGUUGCUUCGAAAGUUUAAGAUAGAAAACAGCCCGCAUGAAUUUGCACUUUAUAUUAUCCAUGCAUCCGGAGAAAAGAAGCAGCUGAGGAGUGCAGAUGUUCCCUUACUGCACAGACUCUUGCAGGGGCCCUCGGAGAAGAUUGCCAAGUUUUUUCUCAUGGACAGGGAUGUGGAAGAGGUUAGCAGUGAUGUUGCUCAGUAUAUUCAAUUUCAUCUUCCCUUUUUGGAAUCGAUUCUGCACAGAAUAAAUGAAGAAGAACAACAGGAGAUUCAACAGACAAUUGCACGGUAUGUGAAAGAGAGGAGCAUGAUAUGCCAGCACCUUCAUAGUCGAACUGUUAAAAAAACAGAGACUACUGUUUGAUGAGAAUGGCUCCACGUGCUGCCUUCGCCAAAGGGAAGCCAGUAGGUUUGCUUGAAUGUGCCAUGACUGAAGAGCACUUAAAGCACAGGGGUGUUCAAAAUACUGGAGUUUAUCCUGGUUAAUUAUGCAACCAAAACUGAACCCACUCCUCUACAGCUUUGGAAUACUGGUUGGGAACCACCUAAGAAGAGGUACUAGAUCCCCUGGAAGACUGAUGCUGAAUCUAGUUUGAAGCUUAAGAGAGGGGAAAAAAAUCCUGUGAAAAGCAUAAGGCUUAAAGACCUGCUCAUUUACAAACCAUUACCAAAAGUCUAGCAUAUAAGAAAAAUAUUGCAAUAACCAAUGUGUAAAUUGUACUGAAAAUAUGAAAAAUAAGUAUAUGGUUUUCCUUCUAUUAGAGGAAUGUUGAAUUAUGUUAGGAGGAAGCUUUUCAGUAGAGAUAAGUUGCAAAAGGUACUUAUGAAUCUAAGACUGCAGUUACGCUUUUCACUGAUCGUAAAAAACAAAAAAACCCCAAACAAAAGCCUGCACAAGAUAGACCUGAAAUCCCACUGGCUUCAGAUUGGUAGAUGCCUGACUUGCUUAAGCUUUGAGCUACAGUUAGGAAAUAUAUAAAUGGAAACCCUCCCGCUUAAUAGCUACUCAGCUCUUAAACAUAAGAGGGAAUUUAUCUCUGAAAUAUCUCUUGAACUACAAAGUAAGAGCUCUCACUAAAUGCUGUUAUAUCUGCUUGACUGGGUCCUGAAGGCACCUCAGCGUUUGUUGUUUCUGAAACAGAUGAUUCCCUGUAACUUCCUGUGGUUUGUAUUUAAAGGUGGAAGAGAGAAGUGUUGGGUGCAAGAGGCUGAGUAUCACAGCCGUGAUGGGGCUGGGUUGGCAGCCUUCCCCAGAUGCAGCUUGGGUGUAGCCUGGCCCCAGCGCAGAGUGUAGCAGCCAGCUGUCAGGUCCUGUCUGGCUGAGUCGUGCUGAAUUUUAAAGCUCAAAUUGUAGAGAUUUAAAUAAAAUCCAA